AAAGACAAAGAAAUUUGAAUAUUGGUGCACUGUAAUUUAUAAUUGUGGAAUAUUCGCUGUACCACAGCACAUCGUGGUACAUCACACAGAGUAUUUAGAUAACGAAGAUCAUUUUAUGUAUGAGAUAACUUAAGAUACCAUUUAGAUACGUUUUGUGGGCACAUGGUUCGCUCGCUUGUUCGAAUAGCCAGAUUGUUGCAUAGUACUCCGAGGAUGGCGUCGCUCGAAAGCGCCAAGAAAGCUGCGGCUUAUAAAGCCAUAGAUGAGUAUGUCCAGAACAACACUGUUGUCGGAAUUGGCAGCGGUUCUACUGUGGUUCAUGCUGUUCGUAGACUUGCUGAACGUGUCGAGGAAGAAGGACUUAGUGUAGUUUGUGUCCCUACAUCGUUUCAAGCUCGUCAACUUAUAAUAGAGUAUAAUUUAACUUUGGGUGAUUUAGAAACUUAUCCACAGCUGGACUGUGCAAUUGAUGGAGCAGAUGAAGUUGAUGCUGAAAUGAAUCUUAUCAAAGGUGGUGGAGGAUGUUUAUUACAAGAGAAAAUCAUUGCUUCCUGUGCUAAACGGCUUAUUAUCAUAGCAGAUUAUACAAAAAGUUCACAAAAGUUUGGCGAACAUUAUAAAAAAGGAAUUCCUAUUGAAGUUGUUCCUAUGGCAUAUGUACCAAUUCAACAUAAAAUUGAAAAGACUUAUGGAGGAAUUGUGAAAAUCAGAAUGGCUGUGGCUAAAGCUGGUCCAGUAAUAACAGAUAAUGGUAAUUUUAUUCUGGAUUGGCAUUUUCCUGUAGACAUGACUGAUUGGAACAAAAUUAAUGAGGAAAUAUCUUUAAUACCUGGAGUCAUUGAAACUGGCUUAUUUAUAAGUAUGGCUGAGAAAGCUUUUUUUGGUAUGCAGGAUGGCAGUAUAAAGGAACAAAUAUUACAUAUUUGCAAGAUUUAAUGUAUGAAGAUUAUAUUUUAUCAUUGCUGAGAAAUAACUAUCAAGUGACUUAUAGAUAAUGUCAAAUGAAGAUAACCUUUCUUUACAACUUUGCUCUUUGUUUUGCUAUGUACGUCAUUCCAAUUGCAUUAUUGCUGCUUUUUAUACAUAUUUUAUACAUUUCUUCUAUUGUUAUGCACUUUAUACAUAUUAAACUAUUUUUUUUAGUAUUAUGUGAAUUUACAGUUAUUUUUAAAUAAAGUAUAUUUUAAAAAAAUCAAUUCUAAAAAUACAUUUUAUAAAUACAAAUAAUGUAAUUUUUAAAUGUAAACUGUUUACCUUGAAGUACAAAGUUGUAAAAUCAAGCUGAAAAUAAAUUUAUUAUUAUAUAUAGUAU